AUGUUUCGACAUUAUUUAGCUUAAAUUUCAUUAUUGGAUCCUAAUUAUAACAAGUGUACGAAUAAGGAUUUCUAUCNAAUGUUAUGUGAGAAGAAAGACACAAAAGAAAUAUUUGCUAUAAAGAGUUUACGUAAGGAGGACAUUAUCUCAAGAGAUCAUAUUGAGUAUCUGAAAACAGAGAGAAAAAUCUUGGAAUAAACGUAGCAUCCAUUCCUUGUUUCUUUGGAGUAUGCAUUUAUCACCUAAGAGUGUGUUUAUUUUGUUAUGAAAUUUAUGAUGUAUGAAUAGUAAUGUAUCCAAUAGAGGAGGAGAAUUAUACACUCAUCUAUAAAAAGUGAAUAAAUUCAAUGAAGAUUAUGCAUUAUUCUAUUCAUCCUAAGUAUUGUUGGCUCUGGAAUAUCUCCAUAAACAAGGAAUUAUUUAUAGAGAUUUGAAACCAGAAAACAUUUUGAUGGAUGAAAAAGGCUAUGUUGCUUUGACAGAUUAUGGAUUGGCUAAGUUCUUAUCUAAAGGUCAAGUCGCCUAAUCUAUUGUUGGAACUCCUGAAUAUUUAGCCCCAGAGGUAAUUACUCAAUAAGGACAUGCCUUCACUGCUGAUUGGUGGUGUCUAGGCAUUCUUAUGUAUAUACAUUGAAAUAUUUAAGAUUUGAAAUGUUGUGUGGAAGAACUCCAUUCUUUUCAGAAAACAGAAAUUAAAUGUUUAGAAACAUAGUAGAAUCUGAAUUGAAAUUCCCAUCAACUUUGAAUCUCUCUUUUGAUUGUAAGAAUUUGUUGACAGCUUUACUAAAGAAGAAACCUAAUGAAAGAUUGGGAAACAAAGGUGAUGCAGAAGAAAUCAAAAAGCACCCUUGGUUUAAAAAGAUGGAUUUCUAAAGACUGCUUUCAAAAGAAGUAUUUAUUAUAUCAUACCAUUAGAUUUAAGCUCCAAUAAUACCUGAUUUAUAAUCAGCCACAGAUUUAUCCAAUUUCAACCCAUAAAUUCUAGAUGAAAGUAAUCUUCUCUUUAUUAAGGUUUAGAAAUCGAAGACGAUCAAAAUCCGAAUACAAACACACAGGCAGUCAAAAAAUUUGAUUCAGAAUUUUAUGGACUCAAUUACAAAAAAGAAUGA